AUGACGGGUCCGCGCGUCAUCCCCGCGCGUGCGCCGUGCGCCCGCGCGUCGCCCACGCGACCGCGACGCGCUGCUCGCACGUCGCGCGGCGUCGCCACGAGGGCGCUGCCUCCCGCGAACGAGGUCGCGGGCUUCGUCAUCGGGGUGCGUCGCGUCGCGAUUCCGAUUCCGAUUCCGACGCCGACGCCGACGCCGACGCCGAUUCCCACUCGUUCGCUCGUCCGCGAACCUCCUUCCCGCCGCGUCCUCCGUCCCUCGCCGUCGCUCACCUCGCGCUCUCGAUCCGUUCACGACCACCGACCGCAGGGCGGGCUCGUCGCGUUGGUGCUGUCGAUCAACAAGCUCGACGCGGUCAUCGCGAGGGCGCAGGUGCGAGGGUUCGAGGAGAGCUCGGGGAAGAAGGGGACGACGCGGAGCCCGAGCGGCGGGGGCGGGGGGAACAUCUUCGUCGUCCCGGACGACGACGACGACGACGACGACGACGACGACGCGCGGACGCCGUGA